ACCUCUCACCGUCCGUCUCCGAACGAACGACCGGCUCGGCGCGCCAGCCAGUUUACCUUUGGCGGUCGAAUGCGCGGUCGUUCGACGCCAGUGACGCUUUCAUCGAAACUCGUGCAACACGUCUACGAUGUUUCGGUGAUCGGUUAAAUUUUCACAAGUGAAUGAAAAGUUAUUUUAUUUUUUCCUGCAUCAAAACCUGGAAAUUAAGUACAGGAAAGGAUCUCUUUACCCUGGAUUUGGAUUUAUUUAUGUGAACUGUGACAUUGGAUUUUGUGAGGAUUGAUAAGUGCAGUGAAUUUUACCCAAAGGAUUGCAUUUUGUGUGAAUAAACAAACAUUGGAUUGGAACAUAACAUUGGAGUGUGCUGCAAGAAAUUACAGUGACUGUGAUUUUUUCAAAAGGGGUGCUAGCGACCGCCAGGACGGCGAACACAGGCGCGACCAGCGGCUACGCAGGCUCCACAGUCUACGCGGGAGCGAACGCUCCCCAAACUUGGAAAAACACCCCCAUUCAAGGGACUCAAGGAUACCGUGUCAGUGCUAAUAGCGGCUAUGGCUGCAACACUGGUACGGGCGGGAUGAGCGGCGGCGGCGACAACUCGCAGUUCGGCGCCACCGCCGCCAUGGUCGCCGCCGCUACCUCGGCCGCGAUGCAGGACUCGCAACCUUUCUCGCAGAUGCAAAACAACAUGAGCAUGGGCAACCCCCAGUACAGUGCGAUGAAUGGUUACGGCCAACAACGUAGCCAUAAUCCGUCCAUGGGCAGCAUGGGCAUGGGGGGCAACGCCGGCAUGAACGGCAUGACCGGAAUGGGCCAAAUGAAUAAUGGCGGAAUGAACGGCAUGAAUCCCAUGUCCCAAAUGGCUAACAUGGGCAUGCACGGGAACAUGAUGCCGUCGCAAAUGGGGCCCGGUCAGAUGGGCAAUGGUGCGAAGAUGAACUCUGGAUACCAGAGGCGGCACGCGCCAUAUCCUUCCGGUAAUAUGCUGAUGGGGACGCGGAAGCCGCAGUAUAUGGGAGGCCAGCCUGGCUUUGGGCCUCAGCAAUACCCUGCGGGCUACGGGGGUCGGCCAGGCUUUCAAGGCCAGUACCCUCCUCAGCAACCACUUGGGCCGUCAAGUAACUUUGCGCCUACGAUGGCUAGAGGAGGCAUGCGGCAAGCGACGCCACCAUAUUCUAACCAGGGGCAGUAUUUUAAUGGGGGAGUGCCGAACCAAUUCCCCCAGCAUUCAACGGGUAACGGGCAGUAUGCGGGUCAAUAUAGUCAGCAGUUUGCUCAAGAAGUGGCGAUGAGGACGAAUAUGAGCUAUCAGCACAGUCCUGUUCCCGGAAACCCGACGCCGCCUCUGACGCCCGCUAGCAGUAUGCCGCCUUAUAUCAGCCCAAACGCUGACGUGAAACCCCACUUUAAUGAACUCAAACCACCGAUGAACAUGCAAAGUAAGAAUGAUGAGCUUCGGUUAACAUUCCCUGUAAGAGAUGGUAUUAUUUUACCGCCAUUUAGAUUAGAACACAAUUUAGCUGUAAGCAACCACGUAUUCCAAUUGAAACCUACGGUUCACUCCACGUUAAUAUGGAGGUCGGACCUAGAGUUGCAACUGAAAUGCUUCCACCACGAGGAUAGGUUGAUGAACACCAAUUGGCCGGCGAGCGUUCAAGUGUCAGUCAACGCUACUCCAUUAGUCAUAGACAGAGGCGAGAACAAAACAGCCCACAAACCGUUGUACCUGAAGGAAGUGUGCCAGCCUGGCAGAAACACCAUACAGAUCACCGUGUCUGCAUGCUGCUGCUCACAUUUAUUCGUAUUACAAUUAGUCCACCGGCCGAGUGUCCGAAGUGUCCUGCAAGGGUUACUACGGAAGAGAUUACUAACAGCAGAUCAUUGCAUCGCGAAAAUCAAGAUGAAUUUCAACCAGACAUCGAACAACGGCAAUAAUGGGAACCCUAACAAUGAUAGGGACAGUGUGGAGCAAACAGCGCUAAAAGUGUCUCUAAAAUGUCCGAUAACCUUCAAGAAAAUCACGCUCCCCGCGCGUGGUCAUGAGUGCAAGCACAUACAGUGUUUCGACCUGGAAUCGUAUCUGCAACUGAACUGCGAGCGGGGGUCAUGGCGAUGUCCGGUGUGCAAUAAACCGGCUCAACUUGAAGGUUUAGAAGUAGAUCAGUACAUGUGGGGUAUCCUCAGUACACUAAACACGUCUGAUGUCGAUGAGGUUACCAUCGACUGUGGAGCAAACUGGAAAGCAGUGAAGAUCACCAACACAUCAGGCAUUAAGCAAGAAGAAGACAGCAGCGAUGGUAUUGGUAAAAGAAGCAAAGCCCACUCACCGGGUUCAAUGAACAUGCCUACAAUGAACAACUGGGACCAAGCACUAUCACCAUACCUGCCUCCUGACAUGAACACCAUCGCCAGUGGCUCAAUGAUCAACCCCUACAACCAGAGUGCUCAGAACCGAAACGCUAAUUCAAACCAGAAUUACGACUUCGGGAUGAACAACGGGCCGGGAAGCAAUGAGUUUGCAGGAAACGGUCCACUGUCGCAUUUGAACGAUAGCGUCAAUUCUCUGGAUCCCCUAAAUGCGAUGGAGAAGAGUUUGAACGAUCAGAUGCCUCACACGCCGCACACGCCACAUACGCCUGGCUCGGCCCACACGCCGGGCGGCGGCGGCGGCGCCCACACCCCGGGCUCCGCGCACACACCUGGCCCUCCGUCGGUAGACCAUCACACCCUCACCGAUGUGGACAUCCCCUCGGAUCUCAACUUCGACCCUGCGGCUGUCAUCGACGGCGAGGGCACUGAUAAUCUCAAUUUGUUGCCAGAAACGAACGUGGAUCCAUUAGAGUUGUUGUCGUACCUGGACACGCCAGCCCUGGGCGAGCUGCUGGCGACGCCGCCGUCGUCGUCUUCAUCAGCCGGCAGUCACCCCGCGCCCGGACGCGCCCCCUCCUCAGAUGAUCUGCUAGCGUUGUUCGAGUGACGCAACACACCGGACGACUUGUUCAAACUACUCUCGUAGGCCGCCAUUGUGAUACUAGAUUUUAGUUCCUUCUCCACCGACGGCAAUUUCGGACGCGUCAACCCCUUUCAAAGCCUAAACGCAAUGUUACAACGAAUUUGACCAAUUAUUUAUUUUAGCUUCUUUUGCGAAGUUUAGAUAGAAAAUCCCGACUCUAAGUUCGAUUUGCUUGUAAGGUUGCUGCGUUCGUGAUUGUCGAGCAUUUACUGUCUAAACAAUGAUGCUGGGGAAAUAUUUUAGUGUUUAGGUAUUUUAUGUGAGGCGACGAUCGUGUUGGCCAUAGAUAUCGCCGUUUGUGCAUGUAUAGUUCCUCGCAAGGCUCACGGUGAGCUCGUUAUAUUCUAAACUAUAGUAUAAGAUACACCAUAAAAUAAUUUUAUUGAAAGUCUUAUUCAAUUCUUAAUGUAAUGGAGUAGAGUUUGUUUUAAUUUGUGACUGUAAUUGUAAAUACAUGUUCAGUUCAAGAUGUGGAGUGUAAGCCAAGUUAUUUUUACUUGUGCUUGUUGUUUUCCUACCUGAAAGUAGUGACGUGAUUGUGUAAAGACGGUGUAAAUAUAGUGUAAGAGUUUUUCUGCAUACGUCACGCUUAGAUGCAUUAUGAAUCUUAUAGUUCCUAAAGCAAGCGAGCGAACUAUAAUGUUCAAUGCCGUUUACUGUAUUCCUUGACGUUUACGCAUAUUUCUGCAUUUUUACUUGAUAAGAUAGUAGAUUUUGUGAGUAUAGCUGUUUUACUCGCUUAUUGGGUGAUAUACUAUAAAAUGAGUUUAAAUUGAAAUAAAUGGUAACGAAUGAGUUACAAAUGUUUAUUAUUCUAAAUGAGAGUGCAAAAAUGGACUCUGUUAAAUUAUUUUGCGUUAACUAUGUGGACAGAAGGAUGAUAGAAAUAUAUUAUAAUUUCUUUAAAUAUUAAUAAACUGUAUUAUUUGUACAUACGAAUUUAGUUAAGAAUAUAAUAAUAAUAUUAUCUAGUUCUAUCUAUAUAGGUGAACAUGGCAGAUACUUAUAUGAUGGCCAGUUUAGUAUAUAGUUACUAAAUUAAAAAGAGUUCUACACAUGGUUUUACAUGUACAUACAAAAUUAUCACGUAGGUAUAUCGAUCGAUCAAAGACAAGAUUUGUGUCUCUCAAAUAUUUAUAAAGUAAAAAUGUUCUGAAUAAGAUACAACUAUUAUUCAAGACAUAUUUCUAAACUUUGGUCGAGUCGAAAUGCUAACCAACAAACUAGUGAAAUUUUGCUUUACUCUUUGCUCAUCUGAAACAAAAUAAUUUAUUUCUCGUUAAAAUAUUUCAGCAAUAAUAUUCAGACAUUAAAAAUCAUGUGAUAUACGCAAUAAUUGAUGUGUCCCCUUCGAUUUGUUACUUGACUGUAUCCCUUUAAUGAAUUUUCUCGUACAUAUUUUAACUAACUUAGUUAGAACAAUGUCUUUUCAUAUUUCUUAAUCUGUAUUAAAAUAGAUUAUUUAUUAUUAAGAUGAGCAUGGAAGAGCAUACAGACCUGUUUCACAUAUUUUCAAAUGUUUGGUGUCAAUUUCUGGUCUUUCUUUAGUUUAUACCAGACCUUGUUUAAAUAUUGAAUAUUUUAAUCUACGCGAACCUCACCACCGAUUUUUCUCAUCACCGAUAACAUUAAACUCUCGUUGGCACUAAAUAUAUUUGGUUAUGAAUGCAAUAAAUAAAAACUUCCACCACCUUUAAAGUAACGUACAAUUACCAUUUUUUAUCCGUUGAAUUAUCCGUAGCCACGAAACGAGGCAUCCCUUAUCAAGUCAAUAGAAUAAAUUUAAUAUUAUAUCUAUCCACCGUUUUCAAUUUCCAUAAUCAUGUAACUAACAUAUUGGAUUUUAUCGUACAAACAAAUUAAAGACCAGAAAAUUGACCAGGAAGUUCUCUAAAUGGAAUUAAGUUCCCAUAUUUUUUAUUUUUUUUUCGACAGAAAUCAUAAUCUUCUCAUUACAUCUUGUAGAGGUUUAUUUUGUGACGUUAAAAAAAAUAGUUAUAUGUAAAAAUCAAUCUUGAUACUUUCAGAAACUUGUGUACAAAAGAAUAAUGGUGUUACGCGCCUCUCCUUCACGCUUUAGGUACAUAUUGACGCCUCUUUAUCUUUAGUGAUAGAAGAUUUCAGAAAACUACAUAAACUAGUAAAAAGGCAUUAUAUCAAUAAAAAGAAACAUGUUCAUUUUGACUACCGUCUUUCCAAAUGAAUAUGGUCACAGCUUUUCAUUACCUGAUAAUUAUAUACUUUAAGGGACCUCUAAUUCCAAUUAGCUAGUUCUUUUACUGUAGUGAAUAUUUUACUAUUGGUUGGAUCAUCAGUAGGCUUUUGUGAGACCAAAUAGCACUGUUUUUACACAUUUACCCAUUUUAGAUAAUUUGAAAUUGAAAUUAAUUUGUAUAAAAAUGUUUAAAAAUUGAAUUAUAGUUAGCAUAUCACACAAAAUAUCAAAAUCUUAACUGCGUGAUCCAACCAAAUAAGUGAUUACUAUGAUUAAUAUAAUUAUAUAAAAUUUUGUUGACUAAAUUAAAUAUUGAACUGCUCACAAGGGUAGCAAAUUUUUAGGUCUUGUACAAAAGUAAAAAAAAACAAGCAUUUGGAAAUAAGUGAAAUAUUAAUAAUAUUGUAAGUAAAAUAAUAAUGAUUCCAUGACUUGUUCAAUCAUGUGACACCAAACUGUAAAGUAGCAUAAUUAUCAAUUUUAUGUAAAAAAAUUAGCAAUCCGUUUGACCCCCCAGAACCACUGAAAUUAAUUUUGAAAUGUAUAAAAUGAAAAAAAAAACGUAACAUUUUUAUGUUAUUGAAAAUAAAAUGAAUCUAAAAAUUAUAAAUAA